AACAAAACACACACACACGAACUGUAAAUCAAAAUACACAGAACAUUUUUGGAAUAGUUUUCUGGCGGAAGCGGGAACUUCAAAAAAAAAAAAACCAAAACGACCAUACAAUAUUGAUGGGAGACAUGCUGGACGCGGCGCCGCCACCAAAGGAGCUGCCGAGCAAGGCCCAGGCCCAGGCCCAGGCGAAGCCGAAGAGCGCGAUGCCCUCCAAGCCGAAAAAGGGCAGUGUACUCAGCGCCAUAGAGGACAUACAGCGCAUGUCACCGGAGGCGAUUUGUCUGGAGUUCGAUCGUCUGGUGGAGCACACGAAGCGCCAUUUCAAGGAGGAGCCACAAAUGCCAUGCACGGGCGUCGCGACGCAGCUGCAGCGCUGCCUGAAGAAGCAUCGACAGCAGUCGUUCCAGUGCUUCGAUGCGAUGGACGAGUACAGGCAGUGCAUCGGUUUGGCCACCCAAGACCAUAUUGAUCAGCUGGCCGAGGAGGAGCUGCAGCGGCAACAGCUGCCGGUCGCGCCGCCCCAACCGAUGCCCGCGCCAUCCUUUCAGGCCAACUCCAAGGAGAGACGCCGUCGCAGCUGGUUUAAGCCCUGGACCUGGCUGCGCUAGCCAGGUCAAGCCAACUCCCCAACUCCCCAUCCCCAACUCCCCAUCCUCAUGCCCUUACAAAUAUUACCAAAAUUGCUGGCAGCUGCGUUCAGCUUUGGAUGCAGCUGCCCAUUCGCCGUCGUCUGCCCUCGGAUAAAUCCUUUUUGCUAAUUAAAAUGGCGGCGUUCGCAGCCGCCGCAACGACUUGACCAGCUCCAA